AUGGAGGAGAGAGAAUUCUGUGGAUUGAAAUCCUUUUUCCUUUCCAGCACUGCUAGCGAGUGGGACGACGUGUCAGGGGUGAACUGCAGGAAGACCACGGAGACACGGUGCGACUUCACGGCAGCCGGCCUCCUGCAGGGUUUUCCACGGCAUUUCAACGUCUCUUUGCGUGUGCAGGCUGAGCUGGGAGACCGCGUCUCUGCCUGGGCGACGGUGCCUUGGUUUCAGCAUUACCGGAAUGUUACCAUUGGGCCCCCAGAAAACAUGGAGGUGGCUCCAGGAGAAGGCUCGCUUAUCAUCAGGUUCUCUGCCCCCUUUGACAUUGACACUUCCAUGGUCACGUUUGAGUAUUACGUCUAUUACUGGGAAGAGGCUGGCACCCGAAAGGUUAAAGGCCCUGUCAAGAGCAAUUUCAUUUCGUUGGAUGACUUAAAACCCUUACGUGUAUACUGUUUACAAGUCCAGGCGGAACUGGUUUGGUCAACACAAGGCAUCUCUCUGCCUGGGAACUUAAGCAACACAUCUUGCCACAAGACAACACUGGACGCUGCUACUAAACUCGAACAAGCCAUCCUGACGUUUGUGGGAGCCUCUCUGUCAGUGGUAUUGCUGGUGGGAGCCUGUUUCUUCAUGAUCCUGAGAUACAGAGGCCUGAUUAAAUACUGGUUUCAUUCUCCGCCCAAGAUCCCAUUACAAAUAGGAGAGUAUUUAAAGGACCCAGCUCAACCUAUUUUGGAGACCUUGGACAAGGACAGCUCGCCGAAGGAAGAUGCCUGGGACUCUGUGUCCAUCAUUUCGUUUCCAGAAAAGGAGCAAGAUGCUCGCCAAAGCACUUUGAACCAAAGCGCUGGCCCAGCCCAGCUAUCCCCGGAAAGAGGACACUGAAGCCACCAGGGCUGCUGAUGCUGCCGCCUGGGGCUUACGAAGACCAGUACCCCUACGUUCCUGCAGCUGACAAGGCCGUAUUGGCGUCUGGUGAGAGGGAAUGGGUCUGGGCCAGAGAGCAGCUUUUUUUUUUUUUGCCUUUAAACUAAGAAUUUUCUAAUUCAUACCAGUCCUAGAAUGAUUCUACAAAGAUGUCCCAGCAAAAUUAAGGUUUCUUUUUUCUUAAACACUAAAAAGGCAUGUAAUUAUUUUUUAGCAAGAUGGCGGUGGUACACCUCCAGUAUUUUUUUUCAGUGUUGGCUGAGAGGGAGGCUGGAGAGGAGAGAACAGUGGGCUGGAGGGACUAGAGGCCGGGUUCUCUCCGGGACCUGCAGAGGGGCUGGGAGUGGUGGACGCGUCUCAGGGCCUCGCCAGCGUUCUCCAACCAGGGGAGCCAAGUGGCCCUUCACAUCCAGUCUGCUGAUUUAUAAAAUGUGACUGAUCCUGUACGUAUCUUCCUAGUAAUUUAAGUUUUUCUUUUUUUCAAGCUAGAAAUAAAAGAUUGUAUAGUCAGUUUUUUACAAA